UGUGCAUAAGGAUGACAUCAUCAACGCCCUAAAGGGCCAUGAAAAGAGGGCCACAAGUUUAAUCCCAUGUCACCAUUAUCAGAAGAGGAUCCUGGCUACAAAAGAUCCCCAGUUCAGAAGACAGAGUUCACUGUCUAGUCAGUGUCAUGCCAGCUGAUAAAAUGGCUUUCUUGAGAGAAAGUGUAAUCCAGAAGAUGAGGGACAUCAGACUAGCUGCCGCCGAUAUGGGGAUUCCCCAAAUGGUUAUUCUCACCAGAGUGGAUGAAGCCUGUCCAUCAGUAAGGAAAGACGUGAAGAACAUCUAUCUGAGCAAGUACAUAAAGGAGAAGAUGGAGCAGUGCAGUGCCAAACUGGGAGUACCAGUGAACUGCAUCCUGCCUGUGAAGAACUACCAUGUGGAAAUAAACUUGAAUGAAGACAUGGAUGUGCUGCUAUUGAGAGCACUGAGGCAGAUGGUGGACUUUGCAGAUGACUUCAUCAGAAAGCCCCCACAAGAUAUCCAGACGCGAUCACGGUCCACAGCUUCGGCGAUCACAGCACGAUUCACCGCCACAUACGACGAGUCGCGUUCCCGCGACCUGCGAGUAUCGCCGUUAUUCAUCGACACGCCCACAGUGCAUUCCGAGGAAGACGAGAACGUGGAGAAGAACGUGGAGAAGAACGUGGAGAAGAACGUGGAGAAGAACGUGGAGAAGAACGUGGAGAAGAACGUGGAGAAGAACGUUUCUCCACUAGCUCGCUGA